UUAAUACAUGUUUACAACUUGAUUCGGAAUUAGGUCUUUAUGCACGCCGGAUUGCGUAUGUCGAAAUUCUCAACGAGAAACCAGGUGCAAUGUCAAUUUUAUUAGGUGAAAAAUUUUCAUGGGCUUAUAAUCCAGAUGAUAUUCGUUCUCGUUUGAUUAGUUCGAUUAUUGCUUGUUUUAUGAUUGCUCGAUAUCGACUUCAUCGCAUAAAGGAGGAACGGCUAAAAGAAAAAACAGAAAAGAUUCUUCUUGAAGUUGGUGAUCAUUUACGUACAAACAAUUAUCUAGUUGGUAACCAAUUCUCGGCGGCUGAUUUAACAUUCUGUUCUCUUAUUAAACCACUUCAACGAGUAUCCUGUUUCAUAAAUGAUUAUCGUUUUCGAAUUAUUUUCGAAUAUCAAGAACGAAUUCGACGAGACUAUGAUCCUAAAUACCCAAAUAUUGAUAAUUUUGUUGAAAAAAUGGCCGAUAAACAUAGGACGCAAAAACAAGAAAAUGAAAAACGCUUCUUGAUCCGUCUAUGGGCAUUUCUUCAUCAAAUCAAUUUUAUUCAACGAUUUUUUAUCUGGUUUAUGACCAUGGUCGUGAACACCGUAUACGGACCAGCAAGUGACGAUGAAGAGAUACCUCAAUUCCAGAGAUCAUCAUCAUCAUCAUCAUCACCGGGUAAUCGAGAACAAGAGGCACUAAAUGAUCAACGACUGAUAAAUAUCACGUCGAUAUGGUCAAUGAUCAAAUUUCUCUUCAAAUAUCAAUGCCAUCUGUUAUUUACUAUUCCGAACCAAGCAGCCUAUUUAAACAGAAAACUAUAGUUGUCGUUAUUGCGUAGAGCAAAAUCUUCAAUCAUGGACUUCAAAGUUUUUGGGUGGGUGUGGGUGUGUGGAUAUGUUUAUUGUUUGCCACUUUUAUAGUGGCAUCUAUGACUGAUAGUGAAUAUGGAAAGUAUAACCAAUUGUGAUAAAUAUUAUAAAAAUAUUCUAAGGAAAAAUUUAAAUAAAAAAUUCAUACAAAAAUUACUUAUAAAAAUACAGAACAAGCUCACAUGUUCUGUCCUGUCUUGUCUUACCGCUCUGACUUUACUUGUUCUGCCAUGCGGCAGGACAGCCGCUCCGUUCUCUGCUGUGUCCAUCUCUGAUUCCUAAUACAAAUUUAAUGUAAAUGGUUCACCCCUUGCUAAGGAGUCUCGGUCAAGAUACAAGAUGCAUAGGUAUAGGUAUAGGUGGAUGGAAACAUAUUUAUGGAAAUAGAUUGAGAGGACAAAUUAAGGACCUAGAUAAGAACUGCCCCUUCUCCACAGCUCUAAGACUCAUAUUUUUCGAAAAAAUUCCAAAAUUGAGUUUUUGUUGUAACAAGAUGCAUGGAAGUCUCCUCUUUCACUGUAUGUGUUGCGUUUCAGGAAAUAAGCGGCUUUUGAUUGUUCUAACUCAUUUUCUUUGUAACAAUCCAGCUUUUUUCUAGGUUUUUCAAGAGUUUCAUAGAAGUUCUCGCAGACUGUUAGAAGUUGUCUACAAAACUAAUAGUAACAUCGUGUUCAGCUUGUCAAGUUAUCUUGGUAUCCAAAAUUUUCAUAAGAAAAUAUGAUCUAUGUGAUGCGUUGUAGAAGUUUUUCGAAGUACAGUAACACCUAUAGUGAUACUUACCUCCGUGAUUAAAAUCUAUUCACCUGUUUAUCUGAUGACCGAAAAUUCUAAAAUUUCUGAACCGGUGAAAUUCCGGCAAACCGGCCAAUUUCCGGUCAAGCUUACCGCUUUAAAAUGGUUCCAAACAUCCGAAAGUAC